AUGGCUACCGAGCAAGGAUAUAGUUGCCUCGCUGAAGGCUCUGUGGAUGUUCCAACUUCCAGCCCUGAAGGCAGCCUGAACCUCAGUCCUUGCAGCCCAGGUUUUUGUCUCAUCUCCCCUGCCAUUACUGAACCCCACUGGCUGACCUCUGCACCACCACAGCCUGCAUCACCUUCAGAAAUGAAUAUCACUUUAGAAGAGCUCCUUGCUCCCAUUACUGAAAAGCUCAAGUACUUGCUGAAGAAAGCGGAAGACUUCCAGACAUACCUGCUAUACAGUAGAGACAGAAUGCAGAAGGAACAAUUUGCCAAAGCAAUGCCCACAUUCCUGCAGAUGUGCCAGCCCUACUUCCACUAUCUGGAAUCCACAGCAAGAAGCUGCACCCCUUAUUUAAGACCUCCCCAGGAGCCAGUGCGGAGGCGGCUCCUGGAGAUCUCCCAACAACUGGCCUGCCAACUUGAGCAACUGGUACUGAUGUACGCUUCUUUCAGCUUUGUGUCCCUCGAAGACACAGACCCAUUCAGUGUCUCAUGUUUCUUCUGUGGAAAAUUUUGGUUGAAUGAAUCACACCAAGUUUCCAUCUUCCAGUACUGCAUCUCAGCACCUUACACAGCUGCCCAUGUUCCCCGCAACCUAUAUAAGAAGAUGCGCUGGAACCUUGACAUUUUGGAAGGGCCUGCUGGCCGGAAUCAAACACACCGCACAGAAUACUAUUUCUUAUGCUUCCGAGAUACGGGAGAUGAAACAACGGUGAAGAUGCAGAAGCUCUGGUCCAUUGGACGCUGGGUGCCUGUGGACCCUGACAGUGAGCACAACUCUGAUGUGCUCUCCUGGGUACUGUGUCGUCAGCCCAAGGGGGACUACCAGCAGCUCCUGACCGUCGGCUUUGAGGAACCCUCCCACACCUCAGCGACAGACCUCUUGGUGCAGUUGCUGAAUGUGCAAAGUUCUGGUCUGUUUAACUACAGUUCAUUUGAUGUUGUAACAUCUUUAUAG